AGCGGCGCCUUUCAGCUCUGUGUACUCCUUUUCGCCCAGUGCGUGUGUCUACACUCUACACAGUCAAAUCGCGAUAAGCAACAGCGACGUCAUGGCCUCGCCGGCGGCGCCGAGGCCGGCGCUCAUCCGGCCGCGCGCCUCGCGCAGCCACUCCCAGUUGGGCGCGGUCAGCCUCGCGUCCGACAACUCCGCCUCCACGGCCUCCUCCCGCCGCCGCCGCGACUUCGUCUUCGUCGUCAACCCCUCCGGCGCCAAUGGCCGCACGGGCAAGCAGUGGACGCAGCUGCUCCCCCAACUCCGCACCCGCCUCGCUGACCAAUGCAACAUUUGUGAGUGCAUCACUUCGGGCCCGUCCGACGCCAUAGAUGUCACGAGGGAGGCUAUAAAGGAUGGGGCUGAUGCUGUGAUCGCUGUCGGCGGGGAUGGGACCCUUCAUGAGGUGGUGAACGGAUUCUUCUGGAAAGGCAGCCCAGUCCGCGCUCUUGAUCGAGGGCCUGACCAUUUAACGGCGCUUGGCCUCAUUCCACUUGGAACUGGCUCAGAUUUUGCUAGGACAUUUGGCUGGUCAAAUGAUCCCCGCCAAGCGAUUGAUCGAAUUGUCAGAGGAGUUAAAUCAAAACUAGACAUAGGCAUGAUGGAAGGUCCAAGUGGAGACCCCCAUUUCUUUGUUAAUGUUGCUGAUAUCCAUCUGAGUGCCAAGGCAGGUUAUUUUGCGUCUAUGUACAAGAGAUUUGGCAACUUAUGUUAUGUUAUUGGAGCUCUGAGAGGCUUUUGGGGACAUAAUAAUCGAGAUAUGAGAAUAAAGGUAAAUGGUGGAGAGUGGCAAACAGUUGAUAAAGUCACUGCUCUAUGCGUAGGAAAUGCCAAGUACUUUGGUGGUGGCAUGAAGAUAACUCCAACAGCUGAUCCUUUUAGCGGUGACCUUGAGGUUGUGAUUCUGCAAAAUUUCAAGUGGUACGAUUUUCUUCUUAAGCUACUUAGGUUGUAUGGGGGCACACAUUUAACCGUGAAUGGCGUGUCAUCAAUGAGAGUUCAAUCUAUUGAAGUAGCAGAGGUGGUGGCUAAUGGUGACAUCUUCGUGCAAUCUGAUGGGGAGCAUUUUGGUUUUCUUCCAACCAAAUUUUCAGUUCUUCCCGGCGCAGUUGAUUUCUUCUGCUAGAUCACCGCGCUUCUUCCUCCCGUCGGAACCGACAGAAGAUGCAUGAUUCUUGGUCAGCUCAUCCUGUUUACCCAGUUGAAGGCUUCUGCUACAUCUUCGCGAUCUUUCAUCCUGUUAUACUAUCCUGAAAUGAUACGGCGAUCACGUUACUCCGUUCAUCUUCUGGUAGUGCACCAAAGAAGUUUGUUACUGUUGUGUUGCUGCACCCCGCCAUGUUAUACUUCAUAGACUAGCUGUAAAACCACAGGGGCCGAACUGGCAUGAUUGUAAAUUUUGAGUUGUUUUUGUAGUCUUGUACCAUGUGCAAUAAUACGUGCUUGUUGGUCGAAUAACAGGAGUGACAUUGCUUACCUGUAGAUCCAGUGUCAAGUUAAUGCAUUCCCAGCUUCUAAAGUA